AUGAGCUCAUCGUCGAUGUGGCCGGAGAAUUUCCCCGCCGUUCUUACGCCGGAGUUCCAUCAGCUGGUGGGUCCAUCCAUGGGCCCUCGCGACCGCUCUAGUUCUAGGCGAAGUAAUGUAUUCCACUUGUUAGCUCGAAGAGAGUUGUCCCCUCACACAAAGAGAUCUCCUAAAAGAUUUUGGGGUAAGGUUUCAAGCCCCUGUAAUGAUUCCUGUGGAACUAAACGCGAAUCAGAAAAAGAUGUUAGGCAAGAGCUCCGUUCAUGGGUGGAGGCCGAGUCAUUGCUGCAUUUAUCAGCCAAGUAUUGCCCAUUACAGCCUCCGCCGAGGUCAACUAUUGCUGCAGCUUUUAGUCCUGAUGGGACUACUCUUGCAUCAACCCAUGGAGAUCAUACUGUAAAGAUAAUUGAUUGUCCAACUGGGAAAUGCUUAAAGGUCUUGAGUGGUCAUCGGCGGACACCCUGGGUGGUUAGGUUCCAUCCACUUUAUCCUGAAAUCCUAGCCAGUGGAAGCCUAGACCAUGAAGUUCGUCUAUGGGAUGCAAAAUCCGCGGAGUGUAUAGGAUCACGAGAUUUCUACCGGCCUAUAGCUUCAAUCGCCUUCCAUGCUCAAGGGGAAAUCUUAGCUAUAGCUUCUGGCCACAAGUUGUACAUGUGGCAUUACAACAGGAGAGGUGACGCAUCAGCACCAACAAUUAUAUUGAAGACACGGCGUUCGCUCCGUGCUGUACAUUUUCACCCUCAGGCUGCUCCAUUUCUUCUGACUGCUGAGGUCAAUGAGCUCUACUCAUCAGACCCUUCCAUGACAUUUGCAACUUCACCGGGAUACUUGCGCUAUCCUGCCCCAACUAUAUAUCUGGCUGAUGCUCAUUCGGGUUACCGGUCGAAUUCCGGAAGCGAGCAUCCCAUCAUGUCUAUACCGUUUGAUCUCUGGCCUUUCAUUAGCCAAGUUGAUGGGAAUUCAACUACCCAUGACCGUGAUGUCCACAUGGGUUCUGGUCCUUCACAAAAUAGGGCAGAUACUUCAGCCUCUGUGCGGGUUCUCACAUACUCGACUCCUUCCGGACAGUAUGAACUUUUAUUGUCCCCAAUUGAAUCUGGUAGUUCACGUGUGCGAGAGGAGAUGCUGUAUAAUUCCUCAAUGAGGGAAACUCGGAAUGCUGUUUCUCAACAUACCAUGAUAACAGAUGUGCAACCCGAAGAGAGAAGUAAUCAGUUUUUCCCAUCUAAUGAUCCAGCUUACUGGGAGAUCCCCUUUUUGCAAGGGUGGCUUAUUGGUCAAAGUCAAGCUGGACAACGUUCGAUGAACUCACGAAAUGGAGGGGCCAAUGAAGUUUUACCAGCACACAGUGCCAUAGGAAACUCAUCAUUUCCAGUUCCUCCGGAAGUUCCCAACAAUCACACUAAUUUAAUGGUUCCUGGAAGAUCUGGCCCACGUCACCAGUAUCUACCUUCCCACACAAUACCAACUGUUCGGUCUAGUGAAAGUUCGGCUUUCAACAAUAUACACUCCCAGCAGAGUGCUUCACAACCUUUUAUGAGUCAAAUCCAAACUGAGGUAGCUACAUCACUGGCAGCAGCAACGGCUGCUGAGUUGCCUUGCACUGUUAAGCUCAGAAUUUGGUCCCACGAUCUAAAAAAUCCUUGUACACCACUUGAUACCGAAAGAUGCCGCUUAACAAUUCCACAUGCUGUACUUUGCAGUGAAAUGGGUGCUCAUUUUUCACCUUGUGGGAGAUUUUUAGCGGUCUGCGUUGCAUGUAUCCUUCCAAAUUCAGAUGUUGAUCAAGGGUUUCAAAGUCACAUCCCGAACGAUUUUACUGGGGCCUCAAACUCUCCGACGAGGCACCCAAUUUCAACUCGUCAGGUUGUGUAUGAGCUAAGGAUAUAUUCACUAGAGGAAGCCACAUUUGGCCUGAUUCUUGCAUCUCGGGCUAUCAGAGCUGCUCAUUGUUUGACCUCAAUACAGUUUUCACCUACCUCUGAACAUUUGUUGCUUGCUUAUGGUCGGCGGCAUAAUUCGCUCCUUAAAAGCGUCGUGAUUGAUGGAGAUACAACUGUACCCAUAUACACGAUUCUGGAGAUCUAUAGGGUUUCGGAUAUGGAACUUGUGAGAGUACUUCCAAGUGCAGAAGACGAGGUUAAUGUUGCUUGUUUCCAUCCUUUGGUUGGAGGUGGUCUUGUAUAUGGAACCAAGGAAGGAAAGCUGAGAACUCUUCAAUGUGAUGUAUCUCAUGUCUUUAGUAAUGAAGGGUCCUUUGUACCAGAUGAUAACAUGUUGGAGGUUCCAACAUAUGCAUUAGAAGGUUGA